AUGGGCCUGCCGCAAGAUUACGGCACGCCAAAUAUGGAUGAAACUCAAGCAACAAUCCCUUUUCCAGCCCCUACGAAGCAAACGGCCGCCAUGGUGAAUGGAGUCAAAACGGACGUGAUGCGUGUGUCCUUUGCAGAUAAAAUCAUGAUCACGAUCACUCAGAAUGGUAGGCUGUCGCAAUGGGUCACGGUGCCGCUGCUGAGCGACAAUCCAACCCACUCAGAUCCCUACUUCCAAACCAAUCGCUCCGGAGAAGAUGCUCUUCUCCCACCCGCUCGUUUCUCGCCGCGAAAUCUUCUCGGAGCCGGUGGCGCUGAUCGUGAGAUUAUGGGACAGUUAUACGCUUCUCAGAUCGCAAAUGCUAUAGCCACAAAGUCGCCUGAGGAGACUAGAUCUCUCAUGCUUGGACUUGGCCUCGUCAAGGCCGACCCGGACCGAGAGGUCUUUCUGCAAAUCAUCGACCUUGUUCUAUCUGUGCUUUAA